AUGGCCAUGGCGAACAACAACAACAACAGAGACGUGAACAGAGUCGAUGAUGGAAAUCUUCGUCUAAGAGGUGGCGGCUGUUUCGGUUGGCUUUUCGCAUCCACUACUCACAUCGGAGCCGAAGAGAAACUAUACCCACUAGUCAAAGAUCCUGAACCUAAGCAUAAACCUAAACCUAAACCAGCUUAUACGUCUGGAGGUUACAGCAACGCUCGUUCCGAUCCAUAUUCCUCAUCCGCUGGAGCUUAUGCCGGCAAUCCCGGUAUUCCGAUCAUAGUCGCUCCUCCUCCCGACAUGUCCGGAGGUGGCCAUCAUGGACAUCAUUCGUCUGGUGGCGGUGGCGAUACUGGUGGUGGAGGCGGUGGUCAUGGACAUUCCUCAGGUGGAGGAGUAUCCUCCUGUGGGGGUGGUACUUCUUCGUGUGGCGGCGGCGGCGGAGGAGGAGGAGGGGGAGGAGGAGGAGGAGGAUGUGGCGGCGGUGGUGGUGGAUCUUAA